AUGUUUAUUUGCCUUCUGUAUAAUGUUGUCAUAGAAACGAAACAAUAUGAAGGCGAUGCCGUCUCAGGUGUUGGUGUUCUGUACGGUCGGUGCGCGCUGCAAGUGCCGGCCACGGUUGAGCGUGCGGGCGGUUGGCAGUUGGCAGCACGCGCCUCGCACACGACAGGUGGACGUCACGCGCCGUUACAUUACUCAUAUAUGCUC